AUGAAGAUGAAGAGUUCAAUAAAUAUAGAGAAGAAUCUGUUAAUAAUGAAUUAGAAAAAGUUGAUAAAAUGAGCAAAAGAUUAAGAGUUAAAUAUAUUGAAUUAGAUCAAGAUAAUUUGAAUGAAGAUCAAGAAGAGGGUAAAAAAGAAUCUGAAGAUAAUAAUAAAUAUAUUGAUAAUGAUGA